CCCUUCAGUGCGCCCACGGGAUUAAAUCUCUUUUGUAUUUGUUUACAUUCGCUACGGUUUUAGAGUGAGAUAACGUAAAAUAUCUCACCUAUCUAGGUGUUUUGGAUUGAGGAGGUAUCUUUAUCUGACCACCGGUUUACGGUCAGUUCAGCAGCACCGGGUCGGGGUCUCCGGAGGGUGGAUAGGUAGCCGGGAUAUCUCCUCCCCUUGGUUUGUUAUCAGUAAUUCAACUUCGCCAUGUUUGGGUGUGUCCUUCUAAUCCUGGCUAUACUUGUGCUCGUCGUCUGCUUUUGGCAACGCAUUCGGAGACUUCCGCUUCCGUACUACGAGGGACGUCACGUGGUUAUAACCGGAUGUGACACCGGAUUUGGAAAUAUGCUUGCAAAAGAGUUGGAUUCGAAAGGAUUUUCUGUGUUUGCAGGGUGCUUAACUAAUAAUGGAGAGGAGAAUUUAAAGAAAUCGUGUUCACAAAAACUAAAAACUUUUCCUUUAGAUGUUUCUGAUAAUGAGAGCAUUAAGAAGAUGCUGAAAUUCGUUACGUCACAUUUACCUAAAGAUGCAGGUAUAUGGUGCCUCGUUAACAAUGCUGGGAUCGCAGGCAGUGUUGGCCCCACCGACUGGCUUACAAGAAGUGAUUAUGAAAAAGUCAUGGCCGUAAAUCUUUAUGGAAUGGUGGAAAUGACCAAUGCAUUUUUGCCUUUAAUAAGAAAAGAAAAAGGGCGCAUCGUCAAUAUGACCAGUAUUUGUGGCAGAAUAACUCUAGCGCCGACGCCAUAUUGCGCAUCAAAAUUUGCAGCAGAAGCCUACUCCGACUGCUUAAGGAGAGACCUUUAUAGAGAAGGGGUCACUGUUCACAUCAUCGAACCAGGUUAUUUUGCCACCAAUAUCACAAGUCCUAAAACAGUGACAUCAGCAUUUCGGUCAGCUUAUGAAAAAUGUAACCCGGAAGUAAAAGAGUAUUAUGGGGAAUCAUACGUGGAGCAAGCAUUUGAAAAGGCUCAGAAAUUCCUCAAACUCGUCACGAACGAUAACCCUGGGCUAGUGGUUGAUGCCUACCUGAAUGCAGUGUGUUCGAGGUACCCCGCCCACCGAUACGUGGUGGGGUUUAGCGCCCAAGUCGUCUUCAGAAUCCUGUGGACAUUACCAGAAAGUAUUUCAGAUUUCAUUUUGUGUUCAGGGCGACCAGUUCCCAUGAAAAUGGGAAAGCUGUAAUUUAUGUAACGUUGUUAUUUUUCGGGUAUGCAGCUGAAAUGUUAACUGUGAUAUAUAUUUAAAAGAAAUUUUAUUUUUAAUUAAUUUAUCUAUGUAUGGUAGUAUAAAAGUGUUUGAAAAGG